UACGUUUAUAACCCGUAUUUCCUUAACCUGUCAGUUCGCUUACACAGUGAGAAGAUGGCAGUUGCUGCGUGGACCAGAACGUUGAAUAGAAUAGAAACGAUGUUGCCGCCGACAGGAAAGGUGCUUUGGAACCACCCAGCAGGGUUAAAAACGAUUCAUUUCUGGGCGCCAGCGUUUAAAUGGGGUCUAGUGAUUGCCGGUUUGGCUGACUUAGCGCGACCUCCAGACAAGCUGAGCGUACGACAAUCCGGGGCCCUGGCUGCGACAGGAUUUAUAUGGUCAAGAUACUCGACUGUGAUUAUUCCAAAAAAUUGGAAUCUCUUCAGUGUCAACAUAUUUCUUGGCUGUGUCGGUCUCAUCCAACUCUCUCGCAUCUACAAGCAUCAGCAAGCACUCAAAACGGAAGAAAACGCACUGAAAUCGAAUCCAUCGUAGUCAGUUGCACCAAAUCUGGUCGAACAAGAAUUUGUGUUUUAGACUGAGAGACGAGUCGAAUGCAUUGUUGUAUAUAAUACUAGAGUGUUUUUGACUUUGUUUAUCAUCAUAUGUUUUAGCUGCUGUCUCUUAUUGCUUUAUGUAUAUUAUUCUCUCGCAAUCUCCGUGUGUAUAUAUACAGGUUGUUAUGUCGUAUUUCUGCAA